UCCGCCCGCCCCCACGGCUCGGCCGUGCCGUUCCAUGGGACGCGCGCGGUUGUUUUCUCCCUGCAGCCGGCGGGAGGCGGAGGAGGAAGAUGCCGGGGAAACUGAAGGUCAAAAUCGUGGCGGGGCGCCAUUUGCCGGUGAUGGAUCGCGCUAGCGACUUGACCGACGCCUUUGUGGAGGUAAAAUUUGGAAAUACAACGUUUAAGACAGAUGUAUAUCCAAAGUCACUCAAUCCUCAGUGGAAUUCUGAAUGGUUUAAAUUUGAAGUAGACGAUGAAGAGCUACAAGAUGAGCCUCUCCAGAUCACAGUUCUUGAUCAUGAUACCUACAGCGCUAAUGAUGCUAUUGGCAAAGUAUACAUUGAUAUCGAUCCCUUGCUCUAUAGUGAAGCAGCUACAGUUAUUUCAGGAUGGUUUCCAAUUUAUGAUACCAUCCAUGGUAUACGUGGGGAGAUUAAUGUGGUGGUGAAAGUAGAUCUCUUCAAUGAUUUAAACAGAUUCAGGCAGUCAUCGUGUGGAGUAAAGUUUUUUUGCACUACAUCUAUUCCGAAGUGUUACAGAGCAGUAAUAAUCCAUGGAUUUGUGGAAGAACUGGUAGUUAAUGAAGACCCGGAAUACCAAUGGAUAGACCGAAUACGUACACCAAGAGCAUCAAAUGAGGCUAGACAAAGACUCAUUUCUCUAAUGUCAGGUGAGCUGCAAAGGAAGAUUGGCUUGAAAGUCCUUGAAAUGAGAGGAAAUGCUGUUGUUGGUUAUUUGCAGUGUUUUGAUUUGGAGGGAGAGUCUGGACUGGUAGUACGAGCCAUAGGAACAGCCUGCACGUUGGAUAAAUUAAGUAGCCUAAACUUCCCUGAAACCAUUUAUAACAUAACUUUGCAACCUGUUUGUAUGUAUUGUUUUCUUUUCUUCCACCUUGGCUGCAAAUUCUCUCAGGUCUCCGCUGGUUCAUCCGCCAAGCCAUGGAUGCCGCUCGACUCACAACAGCCCAAUUCACACUGCUACUGGCUCACGACUUACUCAGAACUUCUCUGUGUCUGUUCCCACUCUCAUCUACACUGGAUUCCCUUCAAUGAAGAUCCCAAUCCCAAUACUCAUUCAUCAGGACCCUCCACCCCUCUGAAAAACCAAACCUAUUCCUUUUCACCUUCCAAGUCCUACAGUCGACAGUCCUCUUCUUCUGACACAGAUUUGAGUUUGACACCCAAAACUGCACUUUCCCCACAGGGACCUAGGAUUUUCCUGUUUCCCAGCUCCCCUACACUCUCAUGUGAUUCCCCACAUCUUAAAAAGUCCUGUCUCCUCCUCUCGGGGUCUAGCCUUUACCCUCUACACUCUAGCCAUGUCAGCCCAGUUGUUCUGAGGAAAAGUGUUUCUUUCACUGAAGAGCUGCUUCUGGCUGCUUCUGGAAUGGGCAGUGGGAGUGCUGGAAAAGAAGGGGGGCCGUUUAAAACUCUCUUAAGGCAGCAGACUCAGUCAGCUCUGGAACAAAGGGAAUUUCCAUUUUUUACCUUGACGGCCUUUCCACCGGGCUUCCUUGUCCACGUUGGUGGUGUUGUUAGUGCCCGUUCUGUGAAGCUCUUGGAUCGCAUUCACAAUCCUGAUGAACCAGAGACACGAGAUGCGUGGUGGGCAGAAAUCAGACAAGAAAUAAAAUCCCAUGCCAAGGCAUUGGGUUGUCAUGCUGUAGUGGGCUACAGUGAAUCAACUAGCAUUUGUGAAGAGGUCUGUAUUUUGUCCGCGUCUGGCACAGCAGCUGUACUGAACCCUAGGUUUCUUCAGGAUGGCACCAUGGAAGGCUGUUUGGAUCAAAGGAUUGAAGAAGCUUCACCACCAGGUUGUGGAUUUUGCCAUAUACCGUACGAUGAAUUGAACAUGCCAUUCCCUGCUCACCUCACUUAUUGUUACAACUGCAGGAAGCAAAAAGUUCCUGAUGUCCUUUUCACCACAAUUGAUCUUCCUGUAGAGGCCACUGUUAUUGGAAAGGGAUGUCUUAUUCAAGCCAGGUUAUGCCGUCUAAAGAAGAAAGCUCAAGCAGAAGCAAACGCAACUUCUAUCAGUAAUCUCUUGCCAUUUAUGGAAUAUGAAGUGCACACACAACUGAUGAACAAACUUAAGCUAAGAGGAAUGAAUGCUCUGUUUGGGCUGAAAAUUCAAAUCACUGUGGGUGAAAAUAUGCUAAUGGGGUUGGCAUCUGCAACAGGUGUGUAUCUAGCCGCUUUGCCAACACCUGGUGGUAUUCAGAUCGCUGGGAAGACUCCAAAUGAUGGCACCUAUGAGCAGCAUAUAUCUCACAUGCAAAAGAAAAUAAAUGAUACAAUAGCAAAAAACAAGGAGCUUUAUGAGAUCAAUCCUCCAGAACUACCUGAAGAAAUCAUUGGGUCUCCCAUUCCAGAGCCAAGACAGCGUUCCAGGUUAUUGAGAUCUCAAUCAGAAAGCUCUGAUGAAGUUACAGAGCUAGAUCUUUCACAUGGGAAGAAAGAUGCUUUUGUCUUGGAGAUCGAUGAUACAGAUGCAAUGGAAGAUGUACAUUCUUUGCUGACAGAUGCUCCACCGCCUUCUGGUUUUUACAGUUGCAACACAGAAAUUAUGCCUGGUAUAAAUAACUGGACACCGGAAAUCCAAAUGUUCACAGCAGUAAGAGUUUCCAGAUUAAGCAAUAUUAAUCUAACAAAUCAAACACUUAACAAGAACUUCAAUGACCUAUGUGAGAACCUGUUGAAGAGCUUGUAUUUUAAACUGCGAUCUAUGGUUCCGUGCUGCCUUUGUCAUGUGAAUUUUACUGUCUCUCUUCCAGAGGAUGAAAUAGUUCAGAUAGCAGUCACAGCUGUUGCAAUUACAUUUGACAAAGACCAAGCAUUACAAGCAGCCAAACCUCCUACAGAAAAAUCACAAAAAAGAGCGUCAACAGACAAUGAAGAACAGCUACAAUUUCCAUUGGAACUUAGCUCUGAUCCCCUUGCUUCUCAACCAUUCUCAGCAGCUAAAGAAGUCCCGGAGGGUGCAAGUUCCCACUCAGGUAUUCCUGCUGCUCAGAGAGCAACGUCAGUUGAUUACAGUUCCUUUGCAGACAGAUGCAACAGCUGGAUAGAGCUCAUUAAACUGAAAGCUCAGACCAUAAGGCGCGGAUCAAUUAAGACAACUGCUUCAGUUGAUAAAGCAAGUCCAUUGGCUGAAGGAUACUUACGACACCGUUCUGUUCCAUCAUGUGCCAAUUCUACCGUCUCUGUUGUUAAGAUGACACCUCUUUCUUUUAUUCCUCGGGCAAAAAUAACCAAAUACCUUGGGAUAAUCAACAUGUUUUUUAUACGAGAAACUACUUCUUUGCGUGAGGAGGGUGGUGUCAGUGGCUUUCUCCACGCUUUUAUUGCUGAAGUAUUUGCAAUGGUGAGAGCACACGUUGCAGCGUUAGGGGGCAAUGCGGUUGUCUCAUACAUCAUGAAGCAGUGUGUGUUCAUGGAGAAUCCAAACAAAAACCAGGCCCAGUGCUUAAUAAAUGUAAGUGGAGAUGCAGUCAUUUUUGUACGCGAAUCAGAGCUGGAGGUGUUACCGGUGCAGCCUGCUCCAGUUGCUUCCCAGCCCACAAGUACUGGAGGAGAUGUCACAACGUGAAGGCAGAACGAGUGAAAUAGUCUUCCAGAUAGUUUGUUUAAAAUGUGGGAAUGUUAGGAUUGCGUCUUCAAAAUCAGUAUCUUCCUUGAACAUCAUUAGCCAAAGUGUAAGACAAUCACAGUAUUCUGUCCUCCGACUCCAUGCAAUUGUCAGGACCACGUAUUGGUAGGAAUGCUCCGAUUCUUUGGGAAAUAUUGCUGGCUCCUUGGAGAUGUAGACAAGCAGAAGCGGUGAUAAGAAGUGUGAUAAGAAAGGAGACAUCCCAGAAAAGUGAACUAAAAUCCCACUGCAUUUUCAGCUGUUAACAAACCUGCAAUACAUUAAAAUUCAGAACCAUCUCCGAGUUCCCUUCCUCUAUCAGGUGCUUCUCAGCUCACUUCAGAAAGGAGUGGGUGUGAGCACGUGGGCUGCGGCUGAGGUUAUGUGAGCAGCCUGUGCUGUGCUGGGGCAGCAAGGGGAGGGAGCACAGGCUGUGAGCCUGAACUGGGCUCUGGUCAUGCAGCAUGGAAAGGAAGGGGCAGCACCAAAAUUCCAUUUGGAUCUCUGCGCACAGAAAAAUAUUUUUCAACUCUUUGAGAAACUGUUAUGUUGUUUUGUUUUGUUAAAAUUAUGAUUAGAUGAAAUGAAAUGUUUGGGGUGUUUUUUUGUUCUGUUUUUAGAAAGCUGUCAGAACGUGAUGAUGCUGUGUUCUGAUUUCAUUAUUGGCAAAACAAAUAUUUUUUUAUAUAAGAAUUCAUGGGAAAAAAAAAAUGUCAUAAAGCUGAUUUCCUUAAGGAAUGUCAUCUUUGCAAAAUAAAUAAAUAGAAUUGUAAACCAUCCUCUUAAAGAGCAGAGAGGUACCUUGCAGCCCCCUUUCUGUCGGGGGUAGGAAACAGCAGGCUGAUUGUAUGCUGUUGUACGUUUGUGAUGCUCACUUCUGCACACUGCUUUUCUUUUCCGGUACAGUAUCUGGGAAAAUGAGGGUACUAAAAAGAAAGGAAAACUGUCAUUUCCAGUAAGAGUCUGAAACUCUGUGAUACUUCAAUGUAAAAAGAUGCAAAGCUUUGAUCUGAAGAUGCAUUCUUACCUAAAUCUGACAAUACAUGGAACUUGAACAAAGGUGUAAACUUGAAUGUAAAUAGUCUGCUUAGUGUUGAAAUUAAGCAAUGGCAUGGUUAUUUGUUAAAAAUAAUUAUUUCAUUGUAAAUGAGCGUGAAAAUCAUUCUUUGCACAAUAAAUUUCUGUAAAAAAACCCUUGCCUUUUUAUAUAUGUAAUACCUAAAUGUGUACAGUGGAUGCAUAUUAAAGAUGUCACAUUCUUGCCUUCCUCA